CGAGACGCGCUCGGGGCACAUAUAAGGUGCGCGCGGCCACUGCACCGCCACAAGCUUCGCCGCCGCGAGCUCGACGAUGACUCCUCACGCGCCCAGCACCGUAGCCACGAGGAAACAGGCUCUCGAGCUGAGAAAGACUCUGAAGCCGCUGGUGGAGAAGAGAAGGCGCGCGCGCAUCAAUGACAGCCUGCUCCAGCUGAAGACCCUCAUCCUCCCUCUGGUGGGAAAAGAGAAAUGCCGCUACUCGAAGCUGGAGAAAGCUGACAUACUCGAAAUGACCGUCAGGUUCCUGACUGACAUCCCAGCCACUCCGACAAAAGGUUCUACAGACAGCUACAGAGAAGGCUAUACAGCGUGUCUGCAGCGAGUCUCGGCGCUGCUCCCUCACACCGGCCUGGACCGGGAAGCAGGUCUCCGGGUGAAUGAGUUCAUGCAGCGGGCGAUGCUCUCCGGCAGCCCGGCGUGCCAGCACUGCUGCGGCCGCAGCGCCUCUGUAGCCCCGCAGACCCAGCAGCGCCUCCGCAACCUCCAAGCUGCUAACGCCCCCAGGAGCGAAAUCCGGGCGAGCGUCAGUGCGCCGGUCUCUGGCGCCCCCGUGUGGAGACCCUGGUAGUUGCAUCAAAACUUGGACUCUUUCCUUUCUGAAACAACAAAAAAAAUGUACAUAGUCGCUGGUA